CCUGCUUGCUAACAGGGUACAAAGGUUGAAGCCAAGUGAAGUUAACAUUGUACUCUUCUUUUUUUAUCCACAAGGAUACACGCAAACAUGUAUAUGAUGUUCCGGAGAAAAAAUAAGAAGGUUCAGAAUAUGAAGCUUGCUUGGCUCCCGACAUUGGUUGCAGCUCUCUUUUUACUUCCAGUUGCUGCUUCUCAAAUGGUUAAGUGCGUGGAAGCAGCAAAAAACUAUACUUCUGUUCCUCCUAGCCUAGACAAAAAUGUUACUAUACUAGUUCUCAAUUACAACUGCAUCACUUUAAAUGAAAGUGAUACCACAAAUCUUCAAAAGUACAUGAAUAUUACAGAAUUAUACCUAAGCCACAAUUCCAUUUCUAUUCUCCGUAAUUUUACCUUUGACAAACUUUCAAAAUUAACAGUUCUAGAUGUCAGCAAUAAUUCUAUCAGUACAGUUGAACAAGCAGCAUUUGCUGGUUUAAAUAAACUAAGGAGUUUGCACCUACAGAAUAACAGAAUUGUGCAAUUAGAUUCCAGUGUGUUUGUAUUGCUAAAGAGCUUGAUGGUCUUAAACCUAAAAAAUAACCUUAUGAGAUAUUUUGAGGCAGAAGUAUCCCUUAAUUUAACCGGAAUCACAUUAAUUGGAAAUCCAUGGGAUUGUUCAUGUGAUCUCCUUAGUUUACAGAGUUGGCUGAAGACCACUAAAGUAAACAUGGAAAAUGAGAACGGUACUGUGUGUAUGUCUCCAAACAGCCUGGAAAACCAUCCUAUCAAGACAGCAAUUAUAGCUAAGUGUGAGAAAAGAGAGAUGACUACUGAAGCAGCCACCGUAUCUUUCACUUCUCUUAAUCCUAAUAAUGAUAGUCUAUCUCCGCGUAAUGGUACAAUUGGGAAAAUGCUCAAGUCAGGUGUGGAUGUUCAUCGUCCUGGCAAAAGUUGGACCUUUCUGAUUGGUGUUCUGGUUGUUGUUAUCAGCAUUUCAUUGCUGAUUGGUAUGGUCAUCAAAUUCCCAGUAUGGUACCGAUAUUUGAUUAGCUAUAAUCAUAGUCGUUUGGAGGAAGACGAACCAGAGAUGUUUGAAGAAACUUUCACAUCUCAUAACUGCACAUUCCCAAAUACACCAGGUACCAAUGAAGAAGAAUCGGUUGUGGUUUUUGAACAAUUUCAUUCAUUUGUUCCAGAAGAAGAUGGAUUUAUUGAAGACAAAUAUAUUGAUACAUGAAGAGUUACUAUGAAUGUUGCAGUCUGAAUCUCUCUGCCCUGUUCUGAAAUAUGUGCAAAGGGCUGUCGUAUUUGUAGCUCUAUAAAGCAAUGGGCUAAAAAAA